UACUCCAAAAAGUCGAAUGUUUAAACAUCAAGUUAUAGUUUUACACCAAAUAUAUCACCGGUAAUACAAAAAUUAGGGUGUAAAUCUCCUUUAAGUUUUGAUUUGUUUUCAAAAUAUAGGGGAUAAACAAUCACUGGCAAACGGUACCUACCUUUCAGGAAAAAUGGUUGUAUCUAGAAGGGUGACCUUUUAAAAUCAUGCGUGAGGACUACGUGCUUCGCCGGUUUGUCAUUUUCUGAAUAUUUACGAAAUCUUGUGUUGUGGACUUUGCUGAAAUGGUACCCGUGGUUCGAAUGUGUUUUCUUUGGAUAUGUUCAGUUUGACGGUUUUCAUCGAAUGAUCAUGAUGGUUAACUGCUUUCACAUCAGCUGAUAUUCGGUUCGCACGGCUGAAGCAUUAUUACAGCGGCUGACGGAAAUUCUGGAGUCAUUUCUUCCGAGAAGGCGUGACAGAUUGCCGGCCUAUGCUUAAUUACGUGUGAGUAAACAUGGUUGAACAAAUCCUUCAGGACCUUUCGGAUUUGACCACACACGUGGGGGUACUUGAAGUUCCUUUUUGCCUUUCGGGACAUGGCAUGUGGGCUACUAUCAACCUCAAGAAUGCCGAUUGAUACCCUCCUCCCCUUGGGCACCAGCCCACCCCUACCUUCGCUCUUCCUGCCGCCGAGGUACACGGCCAGCUCCUUCAUGUACAUUUCUGAUAUGUCAGUGGCUGGUAGGGCCAGAUUGGCUGACCGCCACAAGAAAUUGAGGCCCUGCCUCCGGGACGGACAGCAAAAUGGCAAGGUGACGGACACAGUGAAUGACCACGUCAAAACGGACGGGUCAACCGAAAUCGACACAACUCCGGACCUUUGUGAUGAUAUCCCCAUGGGUAAUCUCACUGUGAACGGUGAUGAGGUCAGCAAUGAGGAUGAGGACACGAAAACCGAAUCGCAACCAAAAUGCAGAAAGCGUGUCUGCUUCGCCGACAGCAAAGGCCUCGCCCUGGAGACGGUCCGAGUGAUGGAUGGUCCCAGCUAUGCCCCACCUCUUCUCAAAUCGCGGAUAAUCGAAGAGAUUGUCCAAGAUGAGAAGCCAGAGCUCUUUCACACGUACACCUAUGUCGCGGACUUUGAGCAGCCUGCGGCCAACUACCUCGAAUUCAGGGACAAGCUCGAAAAGAAUUACGUCAGCUUGGAGAAUAUGAUCAUCAAGGAUAACGAGGUGGUCAUGGGAACCAUAAAAGUGAAGAACAUCGCCUUUGAAAAGUCUGUUUCGGUUCGUGUCACCUUCGACAAGUGGAAGAACUACCAGGAGAUACCGGCCACCUAUGUUCAGCGGAGCCAGCCGGGACAGACCGACCGCUAUGACAGUUUCUCGUUCAGUUUUGACAUCCCUCCCAACAUGGAGGGUGAGACUAUCCAGUUUUGCCUCCGCUACGACUGCAGGGGACAGUCUUACUGGGACAGUAAGGAUGGCGCAAACUACAAGAUCAUCUCGCAGCACGAGAAGAGUCUAACGGAGCAGCAGAAGCUUGCAUGCUACUACAGUCUCAGUAGUCAGGGGAACUGGGGAGACUUCUCCUUCUGGAAGGUAAAGGCCGAUGAAAGGCCUUACUGGUGACGCCCUGCGAGUCUGGAUUCUUUGCAUUGCUGUUAUCGGUAAGGAUUUCAAUCCACUUGCCAUGACAAUGCCACAGAGAGGAAAAAAAGUAUAUGCUCGGCACAUUCAACUCAGGACAUGAGAGCAGAGGUGUAUGCACAUCUAUAUAGAGGUCAUGAUGUUGUUUCAGUAUGUAUACAGACAUUUUAAAGCAUUAUUAUAUUUUUGUGUGUACCACAAAGCUCAGUUGAAAUGGGCCUUGAUUCAUAUGCUGUGGAUUACCAAGAUUAGGAACAUUGAGAGCAAUACCGGUAUGAUAAGACAAAGUAUAUUUUGGAAGAAGAAUUUUUAAAGAGUUUUCUGGACUGUGAACUUGCUGACCGCAAGUCCUCAAUGAACAAGAUUAAGGCAUGUGGUUUACAAAGGCAACAACAAAACAACAUUGAUGCAACUCGGGUGAUUCACAAUGCAGUUUGCCACUG